AUGGCAACUCGAGUGGGAAGACAUUGGCAAAGCCGUCUUUUCGAAGCAUGGCUUCCGAACCCACAGCAGCGAGCAUGCAUUUCGAGGAGCGCGCUGCAGAUCUCUUGGUCAAGAAGUGGUGGAGAUGUCACCAUACUGGCAGAAGGCUCAAACCCAUUGCUCGUGGAUGCCAUCCCGCUUCAUCGAGGCAGCUCGACCUCCCUGAAACCGGGAGCGGAGAUCACCUUCAGAUACGAGAUGCAUGUGUUGCUGCGGUUGCGCUUCGCAGUGGUUGAGAAUUGGCUGCCCCAGCCUCCGCAGCGGAAGGCUCAGUUUUGGACUGGAUCACCUUUGAAGCCACAAGACAACAUGUGCACGUUCCUGACAUUGGGCGCAUUGGUGUCAAUGAGGCAGCUUCCGGCACAAACGGAAGCUCUCAGAGUCAUGAGCCGAGGAAGGGAUGCGGCUCCCAGCGUGUUCCUCAAAAAUCCCGCAAAGGCUCGGCAAGAUGGUUCCAAGGUUCCGCCAGGCAGACGGGUGCAAAGCCAGCCAUUAAGUUAA